GCCCUCUCCCCCUCCCUCCCAACAGCCCUCAUUCUCCUCGACAACCAAGCCGCCUUCGCACACCCCUCCGGCCCGGCGUCUGCGCGCUCGAAUCCCCUCUUCGAAGUUAACCUGACUUCUCUCCUCGCUGCGUUCCGGGUUGCCCACGAAAGUAAUAGUAAAAAUGAUAAUGAGAACAAUCUCGAGGUUAUACAUAUCUUCCAUACCUCGGAUAACCCAGCGAGUCCACUGCAUCCGCAACAUCCAAUGAAGCUAAUCCGACCUCUGGACUUUGCGCGACCGUUAUCAAAGGAUAAAGCCAAUGGUGAUGGCGGCGGAGGAACGGGGACUGGGGAAACGGUCGUUUGGAAAUCGCUCAACUCCAAGCCUAUUGGCCCUGAGUUAGAGGCAUACCUCCGGCAACGUGGUUUCCGUCAGUUACUCUUCGCCGGACUGACGACUGAUCACUGUGUCUCAACGACUGUGCGUGUCGCGGCGAAUCUGGGGCUUGCGGAACCGGGGAGGAUUAUUGUCGUCGCGGAUGCUACGGCGGCUUGGGCUAAGGGUGGUGUUGAUGCGGAUACUGUGCAUAAUGUCUCGAUUGCCAGUUUGGAGGGAGAAUUUGCGGAGAUUAUGGGUACGGAGGACGUUGUCAAGGCUCUGCGGAGAAUG